AUAUUGGCGCCGGUGAUAUAACGGCCGGACCAUUAUUCCGCCAAACGUGACCGGUCCUAAGGUGUGCGCAUCAGUAUAUAUUAGCCGGCAUCUUGUGAGGCGUAUCGUUUUCACAAUUCGAAGUGUUAAACGAUAGACGAGAUGGGUGACGAUUUACCGUACCGAGUGGAAUACGCGAAAAGCGAUCGCUCUCGUUGUCAAUUGUGCAAACUUACCAUCACCAAGACCAGCCUGAGACUCGCUGCUAUUGUUCAGAGCCCAGUUCAUGAUGGCAAGAUACCUAGAUGGUAUCACUUUAAGUGUUUCUUUCAAAAACAAAGACCAAAGUCUACGGCUGAUAUAGAUUGUUUUGAUCAAAUUCGCAAUGAAGAUCAAACAAAAAUCAAAGAGAAACUUGAGGAAGCUCUUAAAGCACCUCCUGCUUCUGGAAAAGGAAAGAAAAGAGCAAAUCCUGCCAAAAGUGGCGGGGGUGAGUUCAGAGUAGAAUAUGCGAAAUCUGGUAGGGCUUCUUGCAAAGGAUGUGAAGAAAAGAUAGUCAAAGAUGAAGUAAGAAUAUCAAAGAAAGAUUUUGAGAGUGCAGAAGCUAGAAAAUUCGGCGGCUUGGACAGAUGGUUUCAUGUGGAAUGUUUUGCAAACUUAAGGGCAAAUAUAGGGUAUUAUGGAAAAGGAGAUGAGCUUCCAGGUAUAAAAGAUCUCUCCAAGGAAGAUCAAAAAAGUCUCAAAGCUGCAUUAUCUAAAAUGAAUCCAGAUGAUAUCCCACCUCCUGUCAAAAAAAUGAAAAAUGAACCCGAAGAUGCUGAAGAAGAGAAAUUGAUAAAAAAGCAAAAUACCGAGUUGUAUGCUAUACAAGAUCAAAUAUCGAGUCUUAGCAAAAAAGAAUUGAUUGCAAUACUGGAAAAGAAUCAUCAACAAGUUCCAUCUGGUACAACGAGCAUCUUGAAUCUUUUGUGUGACAUAUUGUACUUUGGAGCUCUGGAGCCUUGUCCAAAAUGUAAAGGACAAUUCAUAUAUAAUUCCGGUUUGGGUUACAAAUGCACCGGCAAUAUAACAGAAUGGACGAAAUGCGAGUAUGUUACACAAGAACCAAAAAGGAAGAAGUGUGAAAUACCAAUUGACAUGAAGGAAGAUUUCCCAAUUAAAGCGUACAAGUCUAAGAUAAAAAAGCGGCUGUUUAAAGUUACGGCACCAUCCUCUUCGGGUUCUGUGAAAAAAGAAGAGGACAGCGUGGAUGGACCGAAAGUGCAAGGAAAGCCGCGCCCUUUGAAGAACAUGCAGUUCGUUAUAGUGGGUCGCACAGAAAAGGAUAAAGAGGAGCUGAAGAGGGAGAUUUUACUCUUGGGCGGCACUGUCGGGACGAAGAUUCACAAUGAACUGGCUGCUGUGAUUUCGAUUCCGAAGGAAGUGGAGAAAAUGAACAAGAGGAUGCAAGAGGUCAAGUCGUUUGACAUACAAGUGAUAACGGAAGAUUUCGUGGAAGAAGCGAAAGAAUACACCGAAGCGCCCAUCAUGCUCUUGAAGAAGAAAACUAUUUCAAGCUGGGGUAGCGAUAUAAAUGCCAGGAUCGCGAACGUCGUCGCAAAGUCCAACGCUUCCAAAAACAAGAGCAAGUUCGAAAAGUCCGGCAAGGUGAAGUUGCGAGUAAAAGGCAGCGGCGGCGCUGUUGACCCUGACAGCGGCAUGGAUGAUUGCGCGCAUGUCUAUCAGAAAGGCAAAGACAAGUACGACAUAACAUUGGGGCUGACGGACAUACAGUCGAAGAAGAACAGUUUCUACAAAAUGCAAAUUUUAAAACACGACGCGAAUAACAUCUAUUACUUGUUCAGAAGUUGGGGUCGGAUCGGCACUACAAUUGGCGGCACCAAACUGGAGACAUGGCCCGUAGAUGAGUGUAUAAGACAGUUUGAAGCGCAUUUCCACGAGAAGUCGGGUAAUCAUUGGAAGAGUAGGGAACACUUCGUCAAGAUGCCGAAGAAGAUGUACCCGAUAGAGCUGGAUCACGGAGACGAUGAGAUUGUCUCUUUGGACUCGGAUAUCAAGAGCAACUUGCAGAAACCGGUUCAAGAUCUGAUCCGUCUUAUCUUCGACGUAGCUUGUAUGAAGAAAGUUUUGCUGGAGUUCGAGAUAGACAUGGAAAAGAUGCCUCUCGGGAAAUUAUCCAAGAAGCAGAUCCAAGAGGCGUACGAGGUGUUAACGGUGCUGCAGAACGAAAUGAAGAAGAAGAAUGGCAAUACGGACCGCAUCACGUUGAUCGACGCUUCCAAUAAAUUCUACACCCUGAUACCACACAAUUCCGGAAUCUCCGAACUGAAGCCUCUCGAAACGUUGGAAGAGAUCAAGAGCAAAUGCGACAUGCUGGACGCGCUGCUCGAGAUGGAGAUCGCGUACAAUCUCUUGCACGACAAGACCGACGAGAAGGAGAACCCGCUCGACGGUCACUACAAGCAGCUGAAGACGAGUAUCGACGUGUUGGACAAGAAGAGCGAGGAGUUCAAGAUGAUAGAGCAGUAUGUCAGGAACACGCACGCGGCGACUCACACGCAGUACGAGCUCGAGAUCGAGGAGGUAUUCGUGGUCAAGAGGCAGGGCGAGGAACAGCGAUUCAAGCCCUUCAAGAAGCUGCACAACAAGAAGCUGCUCUGGCACGGGUCCAGGACCACGAAUUUCGCCGGGAUAUUGUCUCAAGGUUUGCGCAUCGCGCCGCCGGAAGCGCCCGUCACCGGCUACAUGUUCGGCAAGGGUAUCUACUUCGCCGACAUGGUGUCCAAGUCCGCGAAUUAUUGCUGCACGAACAGCGCGAACACCACCGGUCUGUUGCUGCUCUGCGAGGUGGCUCUGGGAAAUAUGUACGAGAGAUAUCACGCGGACUACAUCGAGAAGCUACCAAAGGGCAAACAUUCGACGAUCGGCCGCGGUCAGACGCAACCCAAUCCCGAAGAAGUCUAUAAGACCAAGGACGGCAUCGAAGUGCCUUACGGCACGGGAGUACCUUUCAAUGUUAAAAAGUCGGCAUUAUUGUACAACGAGUACAUCGUGUACGACGUCGCUCAGGUGAAAGUGCGGUAUUUAUUAAGAAUGAACUUCAAAUACAAGAUGUAACAAUUGUAACGAGUGCGAUGGUCAACGAUAUGCUGCACAGCUGAGCUAUCCCUAGAUUCUAUCGUCGAUCGUGCUUAAAUUUUCGUACAUUUCCAAUUCGAGAUAUUGCUAUAAUUCUUGUUUCUUUUUUUUUUGCUUGUGUUUCGAGCUUCAUUUAUACUGUAUUACUUUUUAAUUUUAACAACAAAUUUCGUGAUUCCAUUAAUGUUUGGUUCUAUAUAUGUUUACAUACAAAUGUGACUUGUUAGAUACAGGCCAAAUAGCUUCUACUACCUCGAAUGUUCUUAUCCUGUAAGAUAAUGCACAAUAAAUUUU